GUUCAUCUAUGUGUAGUUCAUAUUCACAAUAAAUGACGUAAUUAUUGCGAUUGUUAGUCACUAUAAAUGUGUAUAAUUAUAAAUGAUAUUGACCUUGAGUAAACCUGUAAAAAGUUCGUUCUAAGCCCGCAUAAAUGAGGUUAAUAGGAAAACGUAAUGUAAAACAGCCUUACAUUAAGUAUCACUGGUAAAUACGCGCGCUCGUGACAUUGCCUGCUUUAAUUAAGGGGAUGCAGCUACGUCAUUCAGAAAGCUCUUUAUUUACAGCUGGUUGUUAUGGUUACGUGAAUAAACAGCAGGAUGGAAGGCCGUUGUAACUUUUUCAUUUCUUUGAGUUGCAUCUCACAAAGUUGAGGGAAAGACUUUCGAGUUUCGAUCUUGACAACACUUCCAUACAACAAAGGCAGUAUAUUGUAGUGCAUGUUGAAAAUGCCAGGAUUUUUAUGAAUAGCUACUCUCUUUAAAACUGUUAUAAUUUAGCCUUCACUUUCACCACAUAGUUAGCCUACUUGUUUACACCAAAUGCAGAUUAAUCGUAGCAAAAUGCAGUGCUAUGGUUAAAGAUUGGAUUAAGCAGAUGGUUCCUAGUCCAAUUUACACUGAGGUCAAUGCUAAGCAAUGUAGGCAUUACCUAAUUUAAAUACAUUAUACUGUACAUUACCGUUGGUAUUCACUGACUUAUUUAAGAUACACUUUCAGAAUCAUAUUAAUUACAGAGUAUAAAAUUAGCCUAUGUUCACCAAUUACGAAAUGCUUUACUACAUGAGUAGACCUAUUUAACAUCCAUACAUUUCCAAUAUGUUGGGAUUUAUAAGUUUUAAACUCUUACAAAGCAAUGACACAUUGAACUUCUCUCAUUUUUAAGACACUGAUAGCCUAUACAAAACACAAAUGCAACACACAAAACACCUUCAAAACCUUUUGAAUGGAUAAAUUGUAUUUUAAACCGAUUAAUAUUAGUACAAUGAGAAUAGGUCGUACUUUAAACAAUAAUUUAAUCUACUAAAAGAAAACAGAUCUUCUAGCUACUAUUUGAUACAAUUGGACCGCAAGAUGCAGAGCGAUAAGAUUGUAGUGGUCCUAAAGUAUCCGGAACGUUUCUUUGACGGCAUUUUGAACAGACGGACUGUAACACAGAUCUUCACACGUGUUCGUGUUUACGUUUCACCCGGAGUGUCGUGCUGCCCGGCGGACAUGAGUUCACUACGAGUUUUAGAGUUAUACAGUGGAAUCGGGGGCAUGCAUUUUGCAUUGAAAGAGAGUGGCAUUCCUGCAGAUGUGGUGGCCGCCGUGGACGUCAACACCACAGCCAAUGAGGUCUACAGGCACAACUUCCCCAACAUCCCCCUGUGGUCCAAGACCAUCGAGUGCAUAACGCUGGACGAUUUCAACGGUCUGGGUUUUGACAUGAUUUUGAUGAGUCCCCCCUGCCAGCCCUUCACCAGAAUCGGGCUGCAGGGUGAUGUGGCUGACAGCCGCACAAAGAGCUUCCUCCACAUCCUCCACAUUCUGCCCAGACUGGCCAAGCCGCCCCGGUUUCUGCUGCUCGAGAACGUCAAGGGCUUUGAGACCUCCUCCGCCAGAGACUCCUUGGUAAAGACACUGAAGGAUUGUGGGUACCACUACCAGGAGUUUCUCCUCUCCCCGACAUGCCUGGGCAUCCCAAAUUCAAGGCUGCGCUACUUCCUCAUCGCCCGGCCACAAGAAGAAUCAUUUUCCUUCCAGACGACCACAGAGAUUCUGGAGGUAUUCCCAGAUGCACAGGCAACCCCCGCCCCCAAAGCCCCCCCCUCGCCUGACUUGGUCAACGGGGGGGAGGAUGGGGGUCGUGUUCUAUACAAGCUGGAGAGGCCAUGUGAUCUGCUGAGGAAGCAUUCCCAGGACAGCGACGGCUCCGUACGUCUGCUCCGGGAGUUCCUGCAGGAGGAAGCAGAGAUCGGGGACAGAGGGCGGUACCUGCUCCAGCCACGGACCCUGCUGCGCUACGCCCUGGUCUUAGACAUCGUCCAGCCCACCUGCAGGCGGUCCGUCUGCUUCACCAAGGGGUACGGACAUUAUGUGGAAGGCACUGGCUCCGUGCUGCAGAGCCGUACGGACAUUGAGGUAGAAGACGCCUUCCGGGCUUUCGGCACGUUGUCUGACGAGGAGAAGCUGGGGCAGCUUUCAAAGCUCGAGCUGCGAUACUUCACCCCGCGGGAGAUCGCCAACCUGAUGGGCUUCCCCUCAUACUUCGGUUUCCCCGAGCAGUCAUCACUGAAACAGCGCUACCGACUCCUGGGGAACAGCCUCAACGUGCACAUUGUGGCCAGGCUCAUCAGGCUGAUGGUGUCGUAGUGGGACGACCGGACCACCCUCAGAGCUGCCAUCGCAGGUGCUGCUGCAGGCGGCCAUUUUGGUUCUGAGCAAAUGUCAAUGUGAUGCCAUAAAAUGGCAACAGGAGAGCUUCAAGACAGCACGCUCGUAACCAGCUUAUUUUGCUGUCUCACUGUUGUUAUUAUUAUUGUUGUUGUUCAUAAUUAUUAUUGUUUUAUAUGUAAAUUUUCUUACUGCGAUGAAAUAAAGUAUUUUUGUAA